AUGUCGAUACCGAAUAAUCCAUCAAAUGUAUCGGAUGUUAAUGAAUUAACACUCGAGAUACCUGUAUGGGUAUACGGCAAACGUAAAUGGGUAACUGGCAUAACAAAAAAGACUACCUUCGACGAUCUUAUCUACGCUCUCCUGGCACAAUCUGAUUUACUCAAAGCAAACGAUCAAGCAAAUUCAUCAUCGACAAGUAUCACAGGUUAUGCCAUCGUUGAGUGUAUUCAAUCAAUUCCUUCCUCGACCGAAUCAGUUGCUACUCAGCGCAUCUUCAAAGGUCGAACAAAAGUCAUCAAAGUGCAUAAAACGUGGCAAUUUGAUAAAUUACCAUUGACAGUCCUUCAACUGAUUCGAACGUCCCCACUGACUACUACUACUAAUAAUAAUAGCAAUACUUCGACAACGAAAAUUCGUUCGAAACUUUUUCGUCGUUUCCUCUCCUCAAAAACUCCUAAUCAAGACGAGUUGAAUCAGCAGAAAAUUCUAACAAAUUAUCAAGAAAACGUGAGCAUUCUCGAACGACAAAAGCGUCUACUCCAUUACCUCGACGAGAAAAUUCACCAAGCAGAAAAAUAUUCAACUUCUCCGGCAUCCAAUCCAAUCGUGACUCUAAACGACGUUUCACAACUCCUAGCAAACAAACCCGCUCAACAGGAGCAUUUAGUUCUAGCGACACAAUUGUGUAAUUCAAUUUUUAACCUUCAAGAACACAUCAACGAGAAAACCAAUGUUCUCUAUAAUGUUGAACAGGCUAUUUCCAAUGAAUUGAAUCAUGUUUUACACCAACAACAACAGUAUGACGCAUUACCAUUGAAUAUAUCCGAUUCGGCGAUGAAUUCACCUAACGAUUUGAUUUCGUUGAAGAAUUCAAUUUAUCGCAGUAGAGAAUUAUCUCGAAUUCAAUCAAAAGAAAUGCACGAUUUGGAUUUAUCAUUACGCGAAGCAGAAAUUAUGCUUGGAAUCAAGUACGAUGAAUUGAAAUACCUAGAAUACGAAACUUCAUCAAACUCAAUGAUUCGAUCACGAUCCAUCACGCCGAAUUUUCAUCUAACAGCACAAAUACCGAACGAAGAACAUCGUCUUCAACAACCAACGUCGUACGAUACAAUUGAAUUGGCUUUUUCGUCAAUGAAAGAAAUCGACGAGGACUCAGGAAUCAAUUCUUUAACCAGCGAAGAUAGUAAUCAUCAUUCAAUGACAAUGCUACAUCAAAAGAUGACCACACAACUUGAAACACUUGUUUGA